AUGAUGUUAUCAAGAUUAUUAUUAUCAACUUCAUCAUCUAUAUUAUCAACUUCAACAACUACUAGAAUAUUGACAAAUAGUUUAUUGGCUGCAAGCAGUAAUACUACUACGUCGACGUCUACAACUACUACAUCAACUUUGACAUCUACUAGAUUAUAUUGUAAUAGUUCAAAAUUAAAAGAAGUUGGUAGAAUUGAUAUCAUUGGAGAAUUGGAUUCUGAUGAUGAAGAUGGAGAAUCAUUUGAAGAAAAGUUUGAAGAACAACGUGGUGAUAUGAUCAGAGCCUAUGAACAGGCAUCUGGCAAAAAGGUGUAUGCUGCUGAAGAACGUUCUCAUACUCACACAACCGAGAGUUAUCGUGCAGAAUUUGAAUCAAAGCUUACACCAGGAUCGAAACUAGCUGAUGUCGAGACGGUCGUUGCAGGUCGUAUCGUAUCUGUUCGUACUGCCAGUACCAAACUAUCGUUUAUUGAUAUCAUGACAAAUGGACAUUCCCUACAAAUCAUGGCCGAUCUCAAACAUUAUGCAAACAAGGAUCAAUUUCAACCAAUCGUUGAAACUUUAAGAAGAGGUGAUAUUAUUGAGAUAAGGGGUGUACCAAGUAAAACAAAAGUUGGAGAAUUAUCAAUUAUACCAAAAGAGAUUACAUUGUUGACACCAUGUUUAAAACCAAUUCCAUUGCGGUUGAUCAAUAAGGAUACAAGAUAUAGAAAGAGACAUUUGGAUUUCUUGGUCAAUGGACACAAGAUUAGAGACGCGUUUAUUGUUCGGUCGAGGAUGAUAUCGUUCCUCCGAAACUACUUGGUGGAACGUGGGUUUUUAGAGGUGGAUACGCCAGUGUUGUCGACGAAUGUGGGCGGUGCUAUGGCCAAGCCAUUCCGAACACACAGCAAUGCACUCGACCUCGACCUUUUCUUGCGUAUCUCACCCGAGCUCUAUCUCAAACAACUCGUGAUAUCUGGCUUUGACAGGGUGUUUGAAAUUGGCAAGCAGUUCCGUAACGAGGGUGUCGAUCUGACACACAACCCUGAAUUCACAACAUGCGAACUGUACCAAGCGUACGGCGACUACCACACAAUGAUGGCACUCACCGAAGACCUCAUCUCCAAAAUGGUCUAUGACAUUACCGGCAGUUAUCGUGUACCACUGCCAGCAGACAAUGACAUUGAAAUCGACUUUACACCUCCAUUCCGUAGAUUACACUUUAUCCCAAAGAUUGAAGAACUCAGUGGCGAGAAACUACCAGAAGACCUCAUGUCCUACGACAACCUCCCUCAUCUCUUACGUAUCUGUCAGAAACAUCAUGUACGUGUAUCCGAGCCACACACACCCACUCGUAUCCUCGAUGCACUCGCAUCACACUAUCUCGAACCACUCUGUGUCCAACCCACCUUUAUCGUCGACCAUCCCCGUGCCAUGUCUCCCCUUGCCAAACUACAUCGUGACAACUCUCAAUGGACUGAACGAUUCGAAAUGUUUGUUGGCGGUAAAGAGUUGGUCAAUGCCUACUCUGAACUCAACGAUCCAACCGAUCAACGCGACCGUUUCAUCCAACAAUCCAAAGACCGUCUUACAGGUGACGACGAAGCUCAAAUCUACGAUGAAGGUUACUGCAACGCCCUCGACUAUGGUCUACCACCAACUGGUGGAUGGGGUCUAGGUAUCGAUCGUCUGGUCAUGCUUCUAACCAAUAAUGUCUCUAUCCGUGAUGUUAUCUUUUUCCCAACAAUGAAACCAAAAUCAACGCCACUUCCAAACAAAUAA